AUGAGUGAAGUAAUUGCUGGAUCUGAUCCUUCAACAGAAGCAAAUACUGGCUUUGAUGCCAGUCGUAUUGCAAAAGUUAAAGCAUGGCUUGUAUCUCAAUUUGAUGCAGCUAGAAAAGAUGUCUCUGAUUUUGAUCGUAUUGCAAAAGUUAAAGCAUGGCUUGUAUCUCAAUUUGAUGCAGCUGGAAAAGAUGUCUCUGAUUUUGAAAAAGAUGUCUCUGAUUUUGAGUAUACUCCUCAAAGCAUUGCUCAUUUACAUAACCUUGCCAACAUCUCCCAAGAAAAAACUCAAGCUGCUGGCAUUGUUGCAAAGGACUUCUGCCAGAAAGCAUCUGAGUAUCAUUCCCAAGCUGCGAGGUAUCCUGAAUGUUGCUGCCAUCAAAACACCUGGUUUGGCAAGAAGAGAAAGGCUCUCCUUCAAGAUAUUGCCAUAUUGACAGGGGCUGAGUAUCAAGCCAGAGAUUUGGGAUUGCUUAUUGAGAAUACCUCGGUUGAGCAGCUUGGUUUGGCCAGAAAGGUGACCGUCAGCCAGGACUCCAGAACCAUCAUUGCAGACGCUGCAAUAAAAGAUGAGAUACAGGCUAAAAUUGCACAGAUUAAAAAUGAGUUGCUUGGGACAGAUUUUGUUUACGACUCAGAAGCUUGCCGAGCAAAUUGCCAAGUUCUNUGA